UUCCAUAUAUUUCUUUUAUGAUCUAACUUAACUACUUGCCGUGUAGAGAAGCUACUAACUAGUUCAGACUUCAGAGCUCAGGUUAACGUUGCAGCAAUGGCAUCAUCAUCAGUCACCAUGACAGCAUCAUUCCUUGGCAGCUCAGCCCUCAGCAACCGGUCUCCGGUGGCAACCCCGAGGAGGGUGGUUGUAGCAAGUGCUGCCAAAGCAGUUGAAGGUGAAAAAAUGGUUAAGGUAAGUUAUGAGGACAAGGAAGGAAGCAACAACAAUGGAAGGAGGAACAUGAUGUUUGCUGCUGCUGCAGCUGCUGUUUGCUCUGUUGCUGGCAUGGCUGUGGCUGAUGAACCAAAACGUGGCACCCCAGAAGCCAAGAAAGCCUAUGCACCAAUCUGUGUCACCAUGCCUACAGCUAGGAUUUGUAACAAAUGAGAGUACUAUAGGAUUUUCUUUCACUUGUAUUUUGCUCUGAAAAUGAGUGAUGGGGUUCUAAUGUAAUGUAAUGCUUUGAUUUCA